CCUUAUGUUUAUAUUGUUCUGAAUUAUAAUGUUUUGAUUGAUAAAAGUUGCAUGUAUGAUUACUUUUACGCAAUCGUAUAGAUGGGAGAUUCACAAGGGAAUGGUAAAAGAAAAGAUUACAAAACUUGGAAUGCUGAAGAGAGCAAUGUUUUGCUUCAACUUAUGGUUGAAGGCGCCAAACUUGGAUUGCGUGAUAUUAAUGGUGUGAUAAGCAAACAAACAGUAGAGGCGAAGCUACUUCCUAAACUGAAGGAAAAACUUGGUUGUGAAAUAAGUUUUAGUCAUUACCAAAGUAGAGUGAAAUGGUUUAAGAAACAAUACACCAAUUACUCUCAACUUAUGCGUCAUAGUUCUGGAUUUGGGUGGGAUCCAAUCACAAAGAGAUUCACUGCUGAUGAUGAAGUAUGGGCAGAUUAUUUGAAGUCACAUCCAACGCAUGGGCACUUUCGGUCAGAAACUUUUCCAGACUAUGAGGACUUGAAAAUUGCAGUUGGAAAUGGAACUGCAACUGGAAUGGGCUCAAUCAGUUUAGGUGAUGAUACAGAUGCCUCUACAUUUGGAGCGGAAGAAAACGGACCUUGGGGAAUUGAUGGAUUAGUUUUUGAUCGAAAUACUAACAUGUUCGUGCAAAGUGAAAAUGAGUCAUCACACCAAGAAAACUCGCCAUCUCUUUCACAACAACCCUCCCAAGGUACCAAUGUAGAUGCUCCACCACAUAGCAGGACUCAAGGAAAACGGAGUAGGACUGACUAUGAAAAUAAUAGCGGCUCAAAGGGGGCAACUAGUCAGGCUGAGGUUUUAGAAAACUUAUCAAGUGGCAUUGGUAAAAUUGUCACAAGUUUUGAUAAAAUUUGUGGCUUAAUGGAGAAGAGAGAAUCAAGAGAGAGUGAUCUUUUGGAUGCUAUGAACGAAACCCCAGGAUUAACUGAUGAGGCUUGCUUUAUGGCUCUUGAUUUGCUUAAUACUAAAGCAAAGCAAGAUUUCUUCUUGAAGAUGACUCCUGAACAACGACAUAAUUGGAUCACCUAUAAACAAAUGCAAUAGCUUGUUUUGAAUGAUUUUAAACUGGUGCUUUCUCUAUUAGCAAUGUCUGAAAUGGACAUGUAUGGAGCUGAUGAAGAGGAAGAGCAGUUUUACGAGGCUGUUAAGAUAUUAUUAAUGGCAAUACAAGCAGUGAUUUAUGUGUUAUACGAACUUGUGUUCAGCAU